CUUGGAUGUAGUCUAGUCUGACGCAGCCGCCAUUUCAAAGCGCAAAGAAGCUACAGGAGCUGUUGGAAAUUUUGUACAUUUUUUAUUUUUCUAAAAUAUUUUUAUUUUUCUUAGCAAAUAGGAAAAUUGUAUUACUUUUUGAAUCUACCUCGCGUGCAUCACCAGCUGAAAUGGAUGCAGACACAGAAGAAAAGAUGACAGAAACAUCAAAAACUUCCAAGGAUGAAUCUGAGAGACCCGUAAUGGACAACAAAGCUAGGGGUCGUGGGUUUAGAGGCCGUGGUCGAGGGGGUCGGAUGAGUCGAGGCGGCAUGCGUGGUGGGCGGGGCAUGAUGAAAGGGUUUGGUCCACCUGGACAUGGGAGGGGUCAACUGAAAGAUGGAGCUAUGAAUGGAUUUGCACCCAUGAGAGGAAUGAGAAGAAUGCGACCUUACCCAGACCUAAGAGGUCAUCGAGGUAGGGGUGGACCAAUGGGUAUGGGCCCUCCUCCUCUCCCACCACCUCCCAUGCACCUCAGAGGCCCCUUCCCACCCAUGCCCAGGCACGGACCCCCUCCACCCCCUCCUCCAGGUCAUCCUGGUUUCAGAGGGCGUCCACCACACCCUCGAGGCCGUGGUAUGCCGCCCCCUGGACCUCCACGCCACUUCCACCCCCGAAGUCCGAGAGGGGGGGCACACAGUACAGUUAACCUCCCAGGCCCCAGGAACCCAGGCCCUCCCUCACAUCUCUCCCCUCCUUCACCAGCGGCGUGACACCUGAGGUCCGGCACUUCACUUGAAAAGGUGAGCCUCCUCUUGUGUCUUAAUCCCUAAACCCCUCCCUCACUGAUGCCUGGAGAUUCUUUCUUUCAGGAUGGAAGUUGAAACGACUACAGAGUCGUUCCAAACACGGUGAGACACAGAGGACUAUGGGUUAAUAGGUUAUGAUACUUUAUCUUUUAUUAAUUGCUCCAAACAAUAAAAAGGUGGUUUAGAAGAUUCUUGCUCGACUUACGUGGAAGUACAUCCGUACUGUACGAGCAUGCAGGAAAAGACGGGUCUAUAAACUAGUGUUAUUGCACUAAUAACUGGCAGGAAGAAAUUUUGACAUGUUACAGUAGAAAAAGCACAGGUGUGAAUAAUAAAAUUAAGGAUGGCUGAAUUCCAUUUAGCUGCUUCAGUUUCAGGGUCCUGGUAUUGUGCAUGUUGGCUCACUGUCACACUGUCAUGGCUUACAGAACGGAGCUGUCUCAAAUGUUAGUAGUGAUGGGCGGAUGAAGCUUUGGGGCUUUCUUUCUAUUUUUUUCGAAUUCCUUCAAACACAGCAAGCACAGUGACAUCUGGUGGCUUGGAAAACGGUGAUGUGCUAUACAGUAAAUUAGCCUAUUACUUUUAUUACGUUAUUACUUGGUAUUAGGUGGAAAUAUUCUCAUACUUAUGAUUAUAUCUUUGUAGUGUAUAUCGCCAUAUUUCUCAAUUAUUGUCCUCUCUUCUUAUCCCACAAAUAUGCUGAUGACAUAGUUUACCUGUAAAACUUUCAAAACUGUCUGAAUGAAACGCUUUCGGAAACACCAGUGACGUUUGAAGCAUCGGAUGUCAUCAGUCACAUGGUAUUCAGAAUCAGAAUAAGAAACAGGUUUAUUGCCAAGUAGGUUUUUACACACAAGGAAUUUGCCUUGGUAUUUUGGUGCAUAACGGUCACAAUAAACAUACUAAGAGAAAAGAAAAAACAAUUACUGCAAGUCAAGAAUCAUAUAUAUAUAAAAUAGAAAUUUACAAUAAAAAACUUCAAAUAAAUCUGUUUUAAAAUGAAAAGAGCUGUACAGUGUUUAAAACGAAGAGGAUGGAAUGUGCAAAUGUGUACAGUAUAAAGAACAUACUAUACUUAAUUUGACAAAAGCUCCAACACAUUGAAACAGUGCGCUUCACAGGAGUAAAACAAGGUUCAUUAUCAUCCGCCCAUCUCUAGUUAUUAGUAACACCUGUGCUUUUCCUAUGACAAGUCAAAAUGUGUGAUAUGAAAAGGUCUAUUCGCAAAGCAGAUUUUACUUAAUAAAAUCUUAGGUAUCGGGGCCAAAUAUAAGAACAACAGGAAAGUUCAAAAACUCAACCUAAAAUCUAUAGUAGUGGCACACUAGUUGUUUGUUUCUGCGGGUAAUCAUAAACCUACGAUGUAUCACCACAGUUAUACUAGUUUCCAAACCAUUAUCAUGGUGUGUUUGUACUUAAGUGACAGUAUUCUCAAUAAAUUCUCAAUGAUAAAAACAAACACUAGCAAGAUAAUGUAAUGGAUAGAAUCAAGUCACUGACAGAAGACACAGAUGCUCAUUGUUUUGCUGUGUUAAAGGAUUUAUACCUAGAAGUAUUAAGAUUCCCAUGGUAUGCUUUUGUGCAAUUAGUAAGAAUACUGAAUAAAAGUUGUAUUUUACACAAUAGUGAUGUAUGGAUCUCAAAUUAACUUAAAUUUAAGUGGAUAUGGACAAGCUGUAUUAUAACUUUGUCUCAUGGACAGAACAUUUUAGGAUUUAGGUGUUUGGGCAUAUUUAUGUAAGCGGGGACCACAAGAGGAAGGUCAAUUUCAGUGAGAUUCCUGUGCUUCUUGCUGACCUGAGGUCUUCAAACCUGCAGUAUCCAGACAAAACCAGAAGGAAGUGUACUCUGGUCAGGUUUAGAAUUUUGGUGUGGUAAUUUCUGUCACAGUAAGGUGUUAUAAAUACCUAUGUAACCAUGGUAGAUACAUGGUGAAGUAGGCACAGAAAUUAUGGUCAUUAUGGUAGAGAAAAUUUAAAUAUAUAUGAGGCCAACAACAUUUAUAAUCAGACAGCAUCCCUGCAACCAUACCCACCACCAGGUCUAUCCAAAAAUGAGCAGGGGCUAGAACUGACUCCAAUAAUGUGUUUUGUGUUGUAAAGCUGAAAAUGUUGACAGUCUCUUUUAAGUAAAAAACAAAAAAAAGGUUAAAGCUUCUUACCACUGUUUCCUCUGUGGAGAUGAUGCACUAUGAUUUAUGUCUGAGCGUCGCCUCUGUAUGACAGCUCAUUCAGAAGAGGGGGGAGGGCCAGUCCUCAACAGUCUUUAAAUAGAGCAAUGGAGAAAAGUGUCUAUGAUGAUAAAUACAGAGACUUUAACCAGGAAAUUUCCUUAAAAUGACAGGAAGUAUUAGCCUUAAAUCACUGAGCAUAAGUACACCAUAUUGUUUUCACUGUUAAGCAGAAGAUGAAUUAACUGAUUUUUUUCCCUCUGUUUUACCUCAAAGAUUUUUGUAUACCGACUAUUCAAUAAAUGCAAAAAAGAAA